CGGCGACGAAAGGAACGUAUGCGAGGAUCGGCGCUCGAGACUCCCGCGUAUUAUGCUCGAUUGCUGACUUAUCCGCCACCCUCUCGCGGCCCUAGUCCAUGGUGAGCCGCCCCACGAGCCGGAGGAAGAGCAGCCCGAGGUCCAGCGCGCGCGGCAACAUGGCCAAAGGAAAGCGGCGAACUGACCGUAGCAGCAAGGACGAGAAUGCUGUCCUUAGUCACCUAGAUGGGCCGAAGGGACCCAAGGACUCGAGACUGGAGGCAAAGGUGGUCAACGGUUCCCUCACCAAUGGCAAAUUAGGUCACACUACAAGCACAACGCAGAAGGAAACCAAGAUUACCACCUACUUCUCUCCUUCAAGGUCACCCCCAGCUGCAGAUGAUGCAGAGGGGCCCAGAGGCGAAACACAUGGUGGAGACAGUUGUGAUAUGAAUCCAGAACUAAGUAGUGCCCAGUUGAGUCGUACCCACCCAAGCUCUGCCCCAAGCACCCCAACCAAGAUGAUGAAUGGCCACGCAGAAAGCGCAAAUCUGGUGACAGCCUUUACCACCCCCCCAAAGCGCACAGUCUGCACCCGCAGCCAGGCCCUGAAAGAGUUGCAGCUCCAGACCUCUCCUACAGCUCCUAACUCUGCCAGUGUUCCCUCGAGUCCCAGCCAGGCCGGUGCAACGGCAACGACCCCCAUGGGCCCCAGUACCCCUACCUCACCCACUCCAGCCUCAGCAGGAGAGGAUGGCAGUAGCCCCCACACAGGGCCACCCACACCCCACAAGAUCCAGGCACUCAAUGAAGAGAGGCUAAGACUAGACUCACCUCUGUCCCCAUCCUCAGCUUUAUCCAAGCUAAAGCUCUCCCUGACACCAAAGAAGCUAACCUUUAAUGGAAAAACUACAAAGGCUAGGAAAAAGCUGCCUGUGCAGAGCAACACCACCAGGACAGCUACGCACGCAAAGCCCGAAAAGCCAGCCAAGAGUACCACAACUACCAAGACCCAAGCCAAUGGGGAAGCCAAAUCAAACCUUCGCAGUACACAGAUGACCGAGUACUUCCCCAUAAGGAGGUCAGAGAGAAAGCCAAAGACCACACUGCUUCAGGAGCGGCAGAAGGCCAUAGAGGAAAGGAUAAUUAGUGGAUCUGAAGAAGGGCUCACUGUCAAGCAUUUUGGAGCAAAGGGCCGUGGUGUAAUAACAACAAGAAAGUUUGCCAAAGGAGAGUUUGUGGUAGAAUACAUAGGUGACCUUAUAGAUAUGCAGGAAGCCAAAGAGAGGGAGAAGAUUUAUGCACAAGAUGCCUCCAAAGGUUGUUAUAACUACUACUUCACUUUUCAGAAUCAGCAGUACUGCAUUGAUGCAACAGAAGAGAGCGGCUACCUAGGGCGGCUGGUGAAUCACAGCCGAAAUGGCAACCUGGUCCCUAAGGCAGUGGAAGUGAAUGGAAGGCCACACUUGAUCCUUUUGGCCAAGCAUGACCUGGAGCCAAGCAUCGAACUCUUAUAUGACUAUGGGGACCGCUCGAAAGAGGCUCUGGAACAUCAUCCGUGGCUAGCUUCGUGAUUUCCAGCUAGGUGUCAAUAGGGAGAGAUGGGUUUAAUAUAUUUUGUCAAUUUGAGGUUCACAGGGGUUCAGCUACACUUGCUAGCAAGGUUUUGUUUUCUUGACAGUAUUAAAUAAAACUGCUUGAAAGUCGUCUCGAAAAACUUGAGAGGCAAUCCGAGAAAUAGGAAGAAAGGAAGUUGAUAUUGUUAUGAUUUCACAUACAUUUUCCUUUUCAUAUUUUCUCCAGUGAUGUUUGAAAAGGAAAAUGGAACUGGUUGUGCAUAUUGUUUUAGAAUAGAUGGAUUUUUCAUGUGUUAUGAAAGGAUGUUAAGGUAGCUCUACCCCUGUAACCUGCAAGCUGUGAUGUGUUUGUCACCUCUACUAUACUGCCAGUCUCUGAUGCUCUUGUCCUUGCACACAGCAUAGAUUUAUCGCAUCAGGUCACCUCUUGAAGUUGGUCUGGUGGUGUGCAAAGGCUAUUAUUAUACUGUAAUUUUUAGGUCAGUAGAACUAUUUUGAAUUACUACUACUUGUAAUAUCUGUUUUAAUGAGAAGGGACUGUAUCUGUCUCAUUUUUAACAGCUGCACUUUUGAGACCAAAUAGUUGUUAUUAUGGGUUUGGAAUGAGCCAAGUGUGGAGUCUUAGGCUUUUUAGAUGCCUCUGGCACAAAUAUCGACAAACCUGCAAGGCUGUCGGACUUGGAAGAAGCCGUAGUCUUGCCUAUGCUUUUGUUAGCAGCAGGAUCAUUUGCCUGAAGAUUAGCAGUUACUUAAGAAUUAUUUAUAAUAAGUGAAUGGUGAAAGAGAAACUGUGUAAAGCAGUACUUAUUCAUUGUGCGAGUGCAAGUGCAAGGCAGGUGAGAUGGUGAUGGUUCUGGAACGUAUCAUUCAGAACUUGGAAGCGAAUGAGCCGAGAUCCUCAAGAGAGUGUGUGUGACUGGACCCUGAUUUUUAUUAUUUAUUUUUGACUAGUGUAUUUUGCAGUACUACGUGUGAGCUGACUUUAGCAUUUAUACAAAAGACAAGAAGGUUUGGACUGUCUUGAGUUUUGAUCUCACAUUUUUUCAUAGGUAGAUUGACUUUUUCAACAUUUAUUAGUGGAUGGAUAAUACCUAUGUCUCAAAUGGUGGUAAACAUCAGUGACUUGUCUCUAAUUUCAUUUCACAUGCUUUGUUGUCAUAAACAACCAUCAUGCAAAGAAACUACUAGUUUUUAAACAUGUGGACAGCAGAGAAUGGAAGAUAUUGAGUUUGUAUAUUGUUUAGUCAUGUGUAUAGAUGAGUUUUUAAGUUGUGUAAUUUGCUGGUAAGAAUGACAUUUAAACAUGGAGAUCCAAUGUGCUUGAUGGCACCCAAGAAAGGUCUCUUGGGGCCUCCUCUGAGUGCAGAGUUCCUAUGUUGAAUUUAAAACUGUUUACUAUUUUAGGAGUUUGGGAUUUAGGGAAGAAGGGUUUGCAUUUCUACCUGUGACUAUCAGAGCCCAGCACUGUGAAGACUGCAGGGAGCAUGUGAGCAUUGACCAGUUAUCCUCAAAGGGAUUGUAAACACUAAUGACAGUGAUUGUGAAAUGUGCUGAUGAAGGUACCAAUGAUGAUUUUAGCAAAUAUAUUUUGUCAGAGGAGAGGA